UGUAGAACGCAUCUGGUUGUUUAGCUUGGAAAGAGAUAAACAUUCAAUAUUUUCUCGAAUCAAUUUUUCCUUGAGAAUUAUAAUCACAUUCCCUAUUAGACAUGACGAUCCACGACGAGUAAAAUGGUGACCUACAUCACGACAAGAUGGAAACGUAAACUUCCGGUUCCAUGUUACUUCCGGUGUUUCACUUUCCUUCUCUGCGUGGCUACUGUGACUGACGUGACCGUGGGUAUCAACAUGGACUGGGAGACGGUGGAGGACUUCUGCACCCUCAGCGAGACCAUAGGGAGGUCUUACAAGGAUGUCAACCUGGGGCUCAUGCGCUACAAGCAACAGUGCAAAGACUUUGAAAAGUUCAUCAAGUGUGUGGGCUAUGUCCGGGGUCACAGGGAAAAGGUGGCCAACCUCAACAUCCCCCCCUACGACAAAUUCUUCCCCGACCUGGACGACUGGCGCUACGCUGGCUUCCACUUCUGCAACAGUUACCUCCCGUUACUUGAAAGGAUGUUUCCUCCCGAGAAGAGUAUGGACACCUGCGUGGUCCCUAAAGAGCAGUGUAAAACUGACUUCAUCAAGGACUCAGACGUGGUGUUGCUGAAAGACGCCGUGGAGAAGUGGGACGAGGCCAAGGCGAAGACUUUAUCGUGCAAAGUGAUGGCCCCUUAUACCAACUGUAUUGCUCAAGCUUACAUCAAAUGUAGUGAGGACUUCAGACUGCUUGUUGAGUAUGAGCUGGCUAAAUAUGGAGGAGAUUGUCUAGAGGCAGCACAAGUCCAGUCCCCUGUGGUAGCGGUCAGCAGAUGUGAUCCCAGAUACCGUUCUCGGGACCGCACUAUCUCUGGCACCGCCUCUCAAAGUUCUGGCAUCGUCCCCCUCACCAUCCUUGUCGCUGUCGUCAGCCGUCUCAUCAUUGCUAGCCUCUGACCCAUUCAUUCGUCGUCAAUCGUUGUCCAUGCCAUCAGCAGAUGUACCGUGUCUUUAACCCAUUUAGCCGUCAACCCUUUAAAAUGGUCAGCCUCUUACAGUCCUUUGACUUUCCUAAAACUUUGCGUGCUAUGUAUGAUUUGUAGCCAUUGAUGUAUAAUCACAAUCAGAUUAAUGAAGAAAUGCACUCAAUAUUAUAUUUGCAUGAUUAAUUUUUAAACCCAGUGGGUUUUUUUUAAAAUAUCUCAAAUGUAG